AAUGAACGGGGAAAUUACACCAUUCAUAUUUAUUUACUUAUUUAUGAAUUAUUAGCUCUAAAACAAGGAAUACUUGUCUUUAAUCUUAAAUAUAAUUAAACAGUACUUUUCAAAGGAAAAAAAUGCAUACAUAUUGAUUUUAUUAUUUAUUAUAGAAUAGAUAAUGUUGUUUAUCUAAAAUUAGUUUAAAUAACAUAAUUGAAUAACAUUCUUUAUACUAUCAAGUCUAUACUCACAGAUUUGAUAAAAAGCUAUGAUAAAAUCAUUACUAAAAAUAUCAAUACAAAG